AUGAUGCGUUUCGCCGCUAUCUCCACCAUCCUCUUGGGCAGCCUACAUGGGGCUAUCGGCGCCGUCCUCCCAGCCGCCGUGCCUGCCGCAACAUCUCUUGGCGGUGCGGGCAAUUCGGGCCCUUGGUGCGGCAUUACGGGAAACCAGAACGAAGUAACUCUUACUUGCGCAACCCUACCUGGGUCCACGGCCAAAGCCUGCUGCUCGUUUGCAAAUCACUGCGGUACCGGUCCCGAUUAUUGUGGGGAUGGCUGCCAGACAGCCUUCGGAGACUGCGCACCAAGCACGAAGACCAGCAUUAACAAUUUUGCAAACCUUGGUACAUCUGUCUUUUCUGCUCACUAUCCCAAUGUCAACGCGGCCCCGAGGAUUAUCGCCCCUGUAAAGCCACUGGGGAGCAGCCCCGGAGGUCUUAAGCCCUCUCCCUAA